UUUUAUGGAUUUUGGCCUCUUACCCACAAACUGUAGGCAAUUGCCGGUCCAUAUCUGUAAGGUCUAUGGUCAAAACCUUGCGUUAUGGUUAUGUCAAUUCAUGUGCGAAGGCCCUUACGGCGGAAUUUGAGCUGGACGAAAUACUGAUCUUUUUGAUGAUUCAAAUUUAAUCGAUAAUCACUAAUCGAGCAGAUUUAAGGAGAGAUUAUCUCUUGUUAUGACUAAUUCAAUGGCAAUAGUAUGCAACAUUCUUGGAAUAGAUAGAGUAACCAUGAACAAUAAAACAAUUCUAAUCGAGGAACAACAUGGUACCAAUGCAAAUUUUUUGAUAAAUGCUAUUUUAUCGCAUGCAUUAAAAAGGCUAAAUGCUGGCAUUUGCCUCGUACAUUGUCACAAUACUUUUGGCCACUACCACAAUAUUGGCAUGCGCCUUGGCUACAAUCUUCUGAAUCUAAAAGAAAAAGGACAGAUCACUGUUGUUGAACCUAUGAAAAUCAUUGCUAACAAUAUUACUGAUACAUGUGAAAAUUCUACAAAUCGAACAAAAACAAUUCCAAAUGUUACAUCCAAAGACCAUGUAGAUAUUGCACGUAGACUCUUUGAAUGUAUUGAAGAGAAAUACAAUGAAGUGGCAAGGUUGACUAAAUCUGUCAUUCUCAUUAUCGACGAUAUAAACCAUCUUCUCAAUCUAGGUCUUAGUGUACGCGACAUUAUGUAUUUUAUGAGAUACUUGAGAUCAUUCAUAUUGUCAUGUCCCUUGUCACAGCUUUGUAUUCUUGCACAUGUGUAUCAAGAAAAUUGGACUUCAAAUGCAAACAUAAUAGCUAAUGCCUUGAAAUACACAGCACAUCUGUGUGUUACGACACAAUCAUUCAAGACGGGACAUUCCAUCGAUUUAUCUGGUAAAUUGAUUGUUUGUUGGAAGACAGAUUCCAUUAGGUCUAAAUAUCACUGGCCGAAGGAAAUAGUGCAUCUAUUUAAGUUGCUAGAUUGGCAAGUGAAGAUUUGUGCGCCUGGUGCAGUGUCUAUCUUAUCAUAGUUAACAACUUAUUUGUUAUAAUCAGUUUCUAAUAACCUAAUCAUUUUUAAUUUUUAUAUAUUAUAAUUCUUAUAUGUUAAAAUAGAUGAAAAAAUUAGAGAAAAUCAAUGUUUUGUUAUUUUCUUAAUCUAUAUUAAUCUAUACAUCUGCAUUAUACUUUAAAUUAAUUCAAAUAUUUUAGAAACAUUUUCAUGGAAACAUUCAAAAAGGUUCAUAAACAUGAGGGUAAAAGAUGCUUAAUUUUUGAGAUAAGAGAAAUUUUAUUGUAUAAAAUGGUAGAAAAUAUCCUGAAAAUGACAACUAUUGUCGAGAUAUGCUAGAAUAAAGUGUAAAAUAUUUCACAAAAUAUCUACACACGUGUGCGGGUACCUCCCCCCCCACUUGAUUGUAUAGAAAGUUUUGAACAUUGCACAUUUUUUUAUGCAAAAAUUCUAAAAGAAUUCUAUAAAUUAUAAAAUAUUUGUUAUAUAAAAUAUUGGAAUAAACGUUUUUAAAAUAUUGUGAUAUAAGAUGUUGCAAAAAGUUUCUAAAAUCUGUCAUAUAAAGGAGAGGUACUAUGAAAGGGAUAAUUUUCUUUGGCAUGAAUUUCUGAAAAUAUGGUAAUAGAUAUUUAAAAUGUCUACUAAAUGUAUACCUACUAAAUGUGUUUAUUCACCUUCAAUAAAAAUGUGAUACAAAA